AUGGACGAACUCACUGCCCAGACCAGUCGCAUCACCAUGGACUCUUCCCUGUCCACUCAGAAGAUCACACUUCCCUUUGCGCCAUCCAUGCUCAACUACAUAGACAAGAUCUACAGCUCGUUGACGUCGAUGAACCAGCCUAACUUCUUGACUGAGGUCCAGCGUGAACCAACGGGCCAAGGGUCAACCACCAAAGAGCACCCAGCUCCACUAGCGACCCUGGCUGCCUUCUACGAGUAUUUGGCAAGCCCAGAGGCCUCUGCAAUGCGAGCUGCUACCCAGAUGGAUCUCUCGGCGCCUAUUACGGACUAUUUCAUCUCCACUAGUCACAAUACGUACUUGACUGGAAACCAGCUGUACAGUGAAUCGAAAGCAAGUGCUUAUACAAAUGUCCUACUCAGUGGGUGCAGAUCCGUCGAGAUUGACGUCUGGGAUGGAAAAGCGGAGGGUGAAAGCUCCCAAGAAACUGGCGACAGCAGUGCCACUAGUGGCAGCAACAGCUCCGACGAUGAGAAGAUCAGUUCCUGUAAACCCCGUCGCGGAUCCAAGAGGGAAAAGUUGAAGAAGAUGACUGAGAACCACCGUCAUCUGCGCGCCCUUUCCCAGGAGGUUGGCAAACUAGAAGGCUUUCUGGGGCAUCACAAGCCGUCCACGAGCAGUGGAAGCUCUGGCGAAAGCAAGGCGUCUGGUAGCGCGAUCCCGGUUCCUGGUAAACCAGAGCCACGAGUGUUGCAUGGUCACACGCUUACUAGGGAAACCAGCUUUCGUGAAGUCUGCUAUGCGAUCCGGGACAGCGCAUUUGUUGCAAGCGACCUUCCAGUCAUUGUUAGUUUGGAAGUACAUGCCUGCCUGGAACAGCAGCAGACAAUGGUCGAGAUCAUGGAAGAAGCAUGGAAGGGGAUGUUGGUCGAGGUGACGCCUGAACUCGAAGCUGGCACGGUCCCGCCGCCGCCUCUUAAGGAUCUGAAGAGGAAGAUCCUGAUCAAGGUGAAGCACGUCGAAUCCGUAGACGAAGGUGGAGACCGUGAAGCAAAGGAGAAGGCAGUUUAUACCCAGCACAUGGAGGCUUUGAAGCAACAGAAAAGUCCCACGAGUCCGGAUGAGGCUUCCAAGACUCCUCAGACUCCGGAGUCCACCACUGCAGCUCCACACAAGCCCUCCAAAAUCCUGCAGGCGCUCAGUAAACUGGCCGUAUUCACCAAGGGAUUCCACUUUAACAACUUUGCACAGCCAGAGGCCAAGGUUCCCAGCCAUGUGUUCUCAUUGUCCGAGAAAGCCGUUCGAGAAGCACAUGCCACCGAUGGCGACGCGUUGUUUGAGCACAACCGACACUUCUUCAUGCGCGUCUAUCCCAAUGGCUUGCGAGUCGACUCUUCCAACAUGGACCCGACUUUCUUCUGGCGGCGUGGUGCUCAAAUGGUCGCCCUGAACUGGCAGAACUUCGACAAAGCGAUGAUGCUCAAUUCAGGCAUGUUCGCAGGGGAGCAAGGUUGGGUGCUCAAGCCUCCAGGAUAUCGCGGCUCCGAUGCACAGCCUGGAAUUAUCGAACCUCGCCGACUGGAUCUGACUAUUGAGUUCCUGGCUGGCCAGAACAUCCCACUACCCGCUGGCCACACCAACGAAAACAAAUUCUACCCCUUCGUGACGUGUCUCCUGCACGUGGAGACGCCAGAUGACAGCUUCGCAGCAUCUGAGGACGACACUGAAUCUGAAAAGACCGGUUACAAACAUUGCACGAAGAGCGUUACCGGCGUGAACCCCGAUUUUGGCAGUCAGAAGAUGGAGUUUGCGACCGUCUCAGGCUUCCUCGAUGAAUUGACAUUUGUUCGAUUCAAAAUCAAGGACAACGAAUGGAUGCACAAUGCGCUGGCCGCAUGGGCGUGCAUUCGACUAGAUCGACUCCAAGAGGGCUAUCGGAUCAUUCACCUAAAUGACAGUACUGGAGCACCAACAGAGGGCGCUCUCCUGGUACACAUCACCAAGAAAUACAGCUGA